AUGCAGAAAACGGAAGUUGCUUCGACCUCAGGCUCAAUAUCGACACCGGAAGUAUCCAGACAAACAGUUCCACAUCACAUUUAUAAUUCAAAUUCAUUUCCAUUGAUAUUGAAACAGCGAUAUCUACUGAUAACGAUAUUGCUAAUGUCAACAGCAAUGUCAACUUAUUCAGCAGUGAUUAAAUCCGGUUGUCACAAGCAUGGUACACAGUACGUAAUAGAUGAACCAGGAUGUGACCUUGUUGCGGUGAAUGUCAAUAUGUGUUCCGGUUACUGUAUGUCGUUUUCAUUUGUAAACCCCGUAGAAAGUUCGAUUACGGUACAUGGAAGAUGCUGUCGAAUGGUUGAUAAUGAAUGGGUUUGUUAUACUUUUUCAAAUUUAUUGAUGAAAAGUUAA